AUGGUAGAAAAGUGCUUGAGAGUAAAAUCAACUAGUACCAGAGAUGAUAUGGUAGAAAAUCUUGUGGUCGAUAAUCAAAAUGUUCCUUUACUUGCAAUGUUCGACAUGACAAAAGUAAUCAACCGCAUCAAGGAAUAUAUAUCAGACGCAUUCGAAAAUAUGAAAGGAAAUUUAACUGUGAACAUAAGGAAGGAAAUUAAAGACUAUUUUGAUGACAUGAAGCAGAAUUCCACUGAUGCUAUUUCUGAAGCGCUUACUCCUCGGGACUGCUUUGACUUAGUUAGAAAAAACAACAUAAGUGGUGUGUUCAAAAUAUCCCCGGAGGGUAGAGCUGGAUUUAACGUGUACUGUGAUAUGGAGACGGACGGGGAGGGGGUGACGGUUUUUCAGCGCAGACUAGAUGGUAAAGUAGACUUCUAUCGCGGAUGGAAAGAAUAUGUCAAAGGAUUUGGUGACCUCAGAAAAGAAUUUUGGUUAGGUAAUGAAAAUCUUCAUGAUUUAACAUCUCAAGGAAGUUAUGAACUCAUGGUAGAUCUGGAGGAUUUUAAUGGAAAUAAGGCGUAUGCUAAGUAUUCUACCUUCAACAUUGUCGACCAGUCAACCUACUACAUACUGAUCGUGAAUGGCUACAGUGGAACUGCAGGCGAUUCUCUCAAGUACUAUAACAAACAGACCUUUUCGACGAAAGACAGAGAUAAUGACAACAAAAGUGAGGAGAAUUGUGCAGCAGUUUACAAAGGAGCUUGGUGGUAUGAUGCCUGUCAUACUUCUAAUCUAAACGGACUGUAUGUGGGAAAUAAAAUGGAUGACAAAAGCAUGCGUUGGUGGCAAUGGAAGGGCGCCCAGUCAAUGAAAACAACAGUGAUGAUGAUGCGUAGGAUAUGA